AUGGGUCGAAGGCAGGAUGACGGAGGUUCAAUUCACACCAAGUCACUGGUUAUCUGGGGAGGAGGUUUACCGUUUGGACCAGGACAAUGGAGCCCGAACUCGACGAAACGCCUCUUGACCUCCUACCACGACAUCCACUUUAUCUCCCAAAUACAACAGAUCCACAACAGCCUUUUAAGCAUUCCCAAGUUCUUUACACCCCAGCACACGCCGCAGAAGCCUGGCGCAAAGACGAUCACUAAGGACACCCCGCGUACCAAGAGGAAUAUUGUAGCUGCAAGAGCAAAAACGACCCGCAUUCGCUAUGGCAUUGCCAAGGCUAUGAACUCGGAGACGUUCCUCUGCGACAUCGAGGUGUUCAUGGGCCACUACCUCCCCAAGGUCGAGGACAAGGUCCUAUCGCAGGUUCUCGUUGAUAUGAUCAAGAAGAAUGUCCUCGUGUCGCGAGAGGAAACCACUGCCUCAUCAACCGGAAAUGUGAAAGCGAAAUCCAAAGGGAAAUCCAAAGCGAGAUCCAAAUCAGCAAGUGCGACGCCACUCUCUACUCCGACAAGGCCCUAUGGCUAUACCCUCAAGGGCUUUAAGCCUCCAUGCGCGGGCGGAAAGGAAAACGACCAUGAGAAACAUGUCUUUGCCCCCCUGGCCUCGAUCUGUGAGGCGAUCUGUGAGGCCCUCCGCAGCGUGGAUGGCGUCGAGUUAAACGGGUAUUCUGUUCGUAUGUGCGGCGAAAGCAACCUUGCCUCAGAUAUCAGUGGGUGUAACCAGAGGAUUGAUGCGUGCAUGACGACGAAUAUGGAUAAGCGAUUGCGCGUCACCGACAUAAUUGUCGCGUUCGAAUUCAAGACAACGCGAACGGUCAAGAUGGUGAUACAGAACCGUGCCCAGAUUGUGUCGCACUCCAAUCACACAAUGAACGAGGAUCCACGCCGUAAAUUUAUGUUCGGAAUCACGAUCGAAGACGGCGGGAUGUCUCUCUGGUACUUUUCUCGUUCUCACUCGGCAAAGUCGUGGGCGUUCAAUAUGGUUGAGCGAGCCGAUCUGUUCAUCAAGAUAAUGGUUUCCUUGUUCUGCGCUACCGAUGAGCAGCUGGGCCUCAAUUCCCUCGUUGAGGUGCUGGGAGAUGGUAGUUUCGUCUUUAAGUUUCCAUCGAGCGGAGACAAUGGCGAUGCCACAUUUUACCAAACUCAGGGAGCUGGCUCCCAGAAUCGGUCUCCCACUCUCACUGGUCGCUGUACCCGUAUCUGGAAGGUUAGGCAAGUCGAUCCCAGCAACGGUUACGCCAAGGUCGGAACAAAGGUCAUGAUUUUGAAGGAUAUAUCUCUUCAUGCCGACGCACGCACUGAAGACGACAUUCAGAAAAGCCUUUUCACUGAUAUCAGGGAUUUUGGAAACAAUGAACAGAAGCCCUGGCAGAGUCAACCGAUCGUGAGGGACUUUGGCGACGAAGACAAGGAAUCUCUGGCACACAUCCUCGAGGGAGACCGGUUCAUGGAUUUCUUCUCCCCCAUUAUCCAAGCACAUGCUGGAGCUCCCAGCCUUCCGGUUGUUCCCAACGCCUCGUUCGAGUCAAUUCGGCCCGAUCCCGGUUAUCAGAGAACUAAGGAGGACGAGGCUACAGAACCAAAGGAUCCUCCCUCUCCAGAUCAGUUCCCCCCAAAGAAGCAGUGCUGCGCUGGGAAUAUUUUGGCCCUGUGGGAUAAGUCGGAACACAGGUGGCAGGUCAAGCUAUCCGACCUCGAAUACGCGAAGAAGUUUCCCAAUGAGAAGUGCACCGCAAGUGCCGUCCCAAAACGUGAUGUUCAAAUUGGACUGCAAACGCCGACAGUGGUACAUGCAUACCAACACGAUUUCGAGUCAAUCUGGUGGACAUUUAUGUGGCUUGGUGCAGCCCGAGCGAAGCCCGUUAUCCCGUACCAGCUCGCGAAGGAGGUGUUCCCAUUGAAACCGGACGAUUCAUUGACUGAGAAGCGCACUCAGCUCUUCUCAACCUCCCUCGGCAAAGAUUCCAGUGUCCUGAUUUCCCUUCCUUUCCCACUAAAGCGUAGCUAUCUCAUCGCCCUGGAGGAACUUCGGGAUACCCUUCAUUCCGCCUACUUGACCCGGAAUUUGCAAGAAAAGCAAGAAGAUAUCGGAUCGUACUCGAAUGUAAUCAGCAAGCCUUUCCGAAAAUUCUUCGAGACGCUCGAUAGGUCAAAGGACGCCUGGCAAUCGGUGGAAUUGAUUAUUGAACAGGAGAAAGUUCAAUUUACAGCGAAUAAGCGAAAGGCGGUGGAUGACGCUAUAGAGUCCCGGAAAGGUGGCAAGGUCACCUGGACUUCAGGUCCACCUAAAGCCAAAGUAGCAGCCAAAAAGGCGACCAGGGGUGGGGCAGUGGGAAUACUAAGGACGACAGGACCAAAGACUCGAUCGAUGACCAAAGCCGCCCAAGGCAGACAGGAUAUUGAGAGUCACCCGGAUCAAGCGUGGAGUACGAGGCCUGCAAAGAGGGCUCGUCGCUGA